AUGACGUCUACAUUUAAUACAUAUCUAAACCCGUUUAAAUUUUUGGUUAUAGAAAUGGAAAUUAUUCAAGGAGGGGGGUACCCAAAGCUCAUGUACUGUGGCUUUCUAUACAGACCCCACAAUGCGUACCGCCAAAGAAGACUACAGUUAUGGUAUUGCAAAUAUAGAAAUACAAGAAAGUGUAAAGCAAUCGUUAGAACUAUGGAUGUUGGUUUGAUCGGCACUGGCAUCGAUUGUUUUGCUUCAUACUGUCUAAGUAAACAAGGCAAGAUGGGGAUCAAUGUAGGAGGAUACAGGUUCAGAUUUAACGGCUGUGCGCGAAAUGGUAAAAUACGAUGGCGCUGUUCAAGAGGGCCGUGGUGUAAAGCUGCUUUGCACACGUAUAGAGGUCGCAUAGUUUAUAUACAAAGCGCACAUAACUGUGGUCCUAAACCCCCUAGU